AUGAGUAAGCCCAGUCCAUAUGCUCCGCGACUUCCUGGGCUAUCUCCACAGCAACAUGAUCUGCGAGCACAAAUAUUUCCAUGGUAUGCCAGGCCAUGCAUCGGCAGGGCGAACUGGCAUUGCUCCAUAAGCCCAUACCAAUAUGCGACCCGUCCCAAAGAUGUUCAUAAUUCAGCUUCCCUGUUUCAACUCUGCGUGGAGGUUAUGAGAGGAACGACUGGAGUCUGGGAGAAGUACCUUGUUGUAUUGAUUACUUUUCGCCUUGCAUUAGUACGGGUCCGUGUUAACGAGGACGCUUUCAGGCCUAGGCUGAAUCGUUAUUCGCGUUUCAUCUUGGAACUACUCGGUGAUUUCGGCAGUGUUUGGAAGGGGAUGAUGAAGUCGUUACGGCCAAUUCAGCAUCGAGCUCCGCCAAACCCCAUACUAAUCGCCUUCACGAAGUCGACUAGCGUCAAACGAAUAACCAGAUUCCCAUCUCCACAUAGCUCAACAUCUUCAAACCUAAAGUACUCCUCUCAAUCUAUUACGGUCUCGUCACAUCACUAUGAGAGUGGACAGCUUCACGUCCUACAUCUUCGCCUUGGGAACUUACACGUGGUUUCCGCGUUCAACUCCUUCCCAUUUUCUAUCAUGUCACUUUUCGCUUCAGGGUUCUCUCGGAGACCUAUUCAGCUCAAGACCAAGACGGCGAUUCUAGAAGCCUGGAUUGGUGAAGGAGGGUCCACAAUGCAGGAGGAAAACUUCGCUGAAAACCGUUCCAAAGAUAAAUUCUUGAGUAUUGUAAGAGCGGGUCUCCGCACCACUCCCCCAUCACAACCAAAAAGUAUAUAUGGCUUACAAGAGAUAUUUCCCGAAAUUAGGAAGGCCAUCUACGCGCAUCUCCUAUCAAACUUUGAGACUAGCACCCCUAGAUCCACUCACACGACGCUAGAUCGGACUUCUGUGUCACCAAUCAAGGCCAAGUUCAAGGAGGUUCUAGCUGGUUAA